GAGCUCAAACACUGCAGCAAUGCCUCCUCCGGGUGUGUGUAUGAACAUCAUCAGUGCACGCCACAAGAAAAAUGGUUAUGGGACAGUCGAGAACCCUGAGAAGUUCCUCAACCAAGACUUCCAGCAGCUGAAACAGUACUGUGUCAUUCGACGGGUAAGGUUCAUCGAUGAGAUGUUCCCACCUGACAAAAACUCCAUUGGCGAGAAUUUACUGAGCCCUUCAAACAUGGCCCAAGUGGUUUGGCUGAGACCAGGGAAAAUUGUUCCCAAUCCAUCUCUUGUUGUUGAUGGGGUCUCGAGGUUUGACUUUGGCCAAGGCGUGGUUGGAAACUGCUGGUUUCUCGCGUCUAUUGGAGCUCUGACGUUCCAGAAUCACAUCCUUGAGCAAGUUGUUCCUUUUGAGCAAAAAUUUGAUGAUGACUACUGCGGACUCUUCCACUUCAGGUUCUGGAGAUUUGGAAGGUGGGUGGAUGUUAUCAUUGAUGAUAAGCUACCAACAAUCAAUGGCAGACUAAUCUUCGUUCACUCUAAAGACCCAACUGAAUUCUGGCCUGCUUUGCUGGAGAAAGCCUAUGCCAAGGUGUGUGGUUCCUAUUCAGACAUGAAUGCUGGGACACCUGCUGAGGCUUUGGUGGACUUCACUGGUGGUGUUCACAUGUGUAUCCAGCUGUCAGAUCCCCCUUCAAACCUGUGGGAGCUGAUGUACAGAGCUGGCAAAUCCAGGUCACUGAUGGGUUGUGGUACGCAUCAGGGGGAGACAUCUGCCAACACUGUACUACCAAAUGGAUUGGUCCAAGGCCAUGCCUACACUGUCACAGGUGUCAAACAGAUGAACAGCCAAGGGAAACUAGUAAACCUGGUGCGUUUGUGGAAUCCCUGGGGCCAAGGCGAGUGGAACGGAGACUGGAGUGAUCGGUCACCUAUGUGGAAAACCGUGAGUCCUCAAGAUCGUGACAGUUGCCUCUCAGUGGGUGAUGACGGGGAGUUUUGGAUGACUCUGGAAGACUUCUGUAAAUUCUACUCUGAUCUUGACAUCUGCUGCCUGUGUCCUGACUUCCUUGAUGGAAGCUCCUCCUGCCACUGGAAGACCUCCUCCUAUGAGGGCAGAUGGGUUGCAGGAACCACUGCGGGGGGAUGCAUGAACAACCUCGAGAGCUUCUGGACUAAUCCACAGUAUCGAGUCAACAUUGACGAACUGUUCAGUGAAUGUGCUGAAAAACAGGGUGAGAAAAACAUGCUGGUGUCUCUCAUGCAAAAGCCUGACAAGAGAAACAGAGCCCUGGUACAGAAUCUCCACACUGGAUUCAGUGUAUUUGAGGUGACUGGAGAAUACAAGGCGCAGAAGGGGAAGUUCCCAGCCUCUUUCUUCAGCAGAAACAGACCUGUCGCCCAAACCAAAACCUACAUGAAUGCACGUGAGGUGAUGGAGUUCUUCACGCUGAAGCCUGGUGAAUACCUGAUUGUGCCGUCCACCUUCAAUGCCAAUGAGACAGCCUCCUUCAUCCUGACCAUCCUCUCCAAGGCUGAGACACAUGUCCAUGAGAAUUCUGGAGGCCAUGACCAUGAUCAUGGGGUAGCUGAAGAGCCCGUGCCAGUCAAAAAUGGAGUGGAUGAUGAAAAUAAGAGAAAUUUUUUCCGUCAAUACUCUGACAAGUAUGAGGAAGUGGAUGCUGAGCAGCUCCAGAAGCUUCUAAAUGAAAAAAUCCUUCAAGGAGACUUGAAAUCUGGAGGCUUCACCAUCGAUGCCUGUCGCAGCAUGGUUGCUCUGAUGGACACAUCAGUCACCGGCAAGCUGAAUGGUGAGGAAUUUGUUCGUCUGUGGAAGAAGAUCGUCACAUACAAGGACAUUUUCUUCCGCACUGAUGUUUCAAAAACAGGAACACUGUCACUGAGUGAGCUGAGGAAUGCAAUCAUGGCUUCAGGAAAGAGGGCCAACGAUGACAUGCUGAAUUUGAUGGCUCUGCGCUACGGUGCCUCCUCUGGGCACAUAACACUGGAGAGCUUCAUCAGUCUGAUCCUUCGCUUUGACUGCAUGAACGGAAUCUUCAGUCAGUUGUCCGAUGGUAUGACUUUGACUCUUCGUGAAUCAGAGUGGAUGUACAUUUCGAUGUACACCUGACGGAGAGGAAGAACUACAGGAAUUACAGAUGCUGUGAAAGAAAAAUCAACACAAAAUGUUUUCUUUCGCAAGCUAUUACAUUGUAUGUCACCACAGGGUAUUUACUUCUAGCUUUGCUGAGGGGUAUCAACAUGUAAACUGUCAUCCCUCUUGUUCUCUUUCAUAUGUCUGUCACUUUUCAACUGCGAAGUAAAGUAGGAAAACAAAUGAGUGGUACAUGCACAGCGUAGCAGACGCACAAUUCACAACAGUAAUGGCAAUUGGCAACUUUGCUUACUAUACCUGCUAUAGACAGUGCAACAGCCAAAAUGUGCAUAAUAUUAACAAUUCAUCCCAUGAUAAAUGAAAAAUUUUACAUUUGUUACAGAAGCUAUAUUUAGUAUUUGAAAAUAUAGUUAAAAUUGAAUUCACACCUAGAGCACUGGAUCAUAAUACAAAAUAUCAAAUCAUUAGAUGUGUGUACUGUUACUAGUUAAUGUACUGUGAAAUACAGUAAUGUGAAAAUAUAAGCUAUCCCAUGAUAACUUAAAAAAAAACCUUUUUAAGUAAGUCAUGUAUUCUCUCUGAUGGAGUACAGCAUCUACUAUAAGUGAUUUACUGUCGUAAUGGUAGUUGUAUUUCUGUUUUACUGUGAUGUGGGAAUAGGCUUUUCUGUCAACAUGCAACAUGCAGUGAUUGUCAGUUGGAGAUAUCUCAGCAACUAUUACGGAUUGCCAUGAAAUUUGGUAGAGAGAUCCAUGGUGCCCACAGGAUGAAGCCUACUUUGGUGACCCCCUGACUUUUCCUCUAGUGCUACCAGUAGCUCAAAGUUUGCACUUAUCCUGUGAAAUAUCUUGACAUCUACUUUGUAUAUUGCCACCAAAUUUUGUGCAGACAUGGAUGGUUUUAAACAAUGUAUCUUACAACGCUGGAGAUCCCCUGACUUUUCCUCUACUGAGGUGCACAUCUGUAGUUUUGAGUGAGAUGUCUCAACAAGUAAAACAACUUUGGUAAUCACUGUCAUGUAGCGCUAUCAUCAGGUUAGAAAUGUACUUUGCUCAAAACUUUCUCAGCUUUACUUUGUGUUUAGUACUUAUUAGCAAAGUUAGCAUGCUAACAUGCUAAACUA